AUGAUGCGAUCACAAGUUAAAGUGACCACCAUGUUGCUUGUGCUGAUUUUUUCGCUCACUGGUCUCUGUUCUGCUAAGGACAAAAAACCACCAGACACCAAGGUAACUGCAUUGAUACAUAUAUCAGAUAUUACCACUACACAUUUUUUUUAUUACAGUCAAAUAAUGUUACUUUGUAGAGAUAACUAGGAAUGACCCAAAUGUUAAUUUAACUAAAUCUGUCUGCAGGUUGAUUAAGAAGACUACCAAAUUCAGACAAAAAAUAAGAUGGUGUGAUUACUUGCAAAACCUGAGAGAGAACAUUUUCACGUUUAAACAAUCAAAAUUAACAUUUUUACAAAUUAUGAAACAGCUUCUUUACUGUAAAAUAAAUUUCUUCUUACAAAAGCACAAUUGGCGAUUUCGUUUGAAAAAAAAAAAAAAAAAAAACUUGGAAAGUUAAGGAACUACUUCCUCUCCUGAAUUGAAACGCUAGAUGACAGUUAAAAUUAUGAAGAGCUACUAGCAGUUUGUCACUGACUUUUUCUAUUUUUGGCAGCCUGUUCAAUCCUGUCCAUCCUGUAAUAAUGGCGGACAAACCGGGAUGUGGACAUACAUGACAUGCAUCCCAGGAGCCCCUGGGGCACCUGGUCGAGAUGGAGCCAAAGGAGACCUGGGCAGCUCAGGGAAAACUGGGACCCAGGGACCACGUGGUGCUGAUGGAAAGAAAGGAGCAAAGGGAGAGCCUGGGAUCCAGGGUUCCGCCGGUAGAAAAGGAGAGCGAGGAGACAAAGGCGACAAUGGAACGCCACGACUGGCUUCACACAUGAACUGGAAAGAGUGUGCUUGGAAAAAGGCAGACGGCACUGAUUCAGGACUGAUAUAUGUAAGUACGGAGCGUCACUUUGUUACCCGAGUUAAACAAUAUUCUAUUAGCUCAAAGCAAUUUAUAUUUACUGAAAUGAUUGACUGCUAUAAUUCUGAAGUCAGUGCGCAGUCAGCAGUGAUGAUGACUGCUUCUUUUGAAGCUACGUAGUUUUCUAUUAAAGCCGGGCCAUAAUCUGUUUCAUAUUACACUGUGUCCUUAGAACUCCAUUCUUAAUUUUUUUGCUAAUCUUAUGUACAUGAAUUUGUUUUUGUUCAAACACCUUGUGUUAAUUAAAAUUUUACAACUGAUGUAUUGUUUUUUAUAGACUGGAGUAAAAAAAGUACAAUACUAUACGGAUCCUGUUUCUUUAUAUCUCGUUUAGAACUGUGACUUUGUGAAAAAAUACCCGGACACUUCCCUCCAUGUCUACUACGCUGGUAACCUCAGGAUUCACGGAUGUGACGACUGCUGUAAUCGCUGGUAUUUCACCUUUAAUGGAGCCGAGUGCAGCUCUCCUGGAACUAUUGACGGUGCAUUCUACAUGGCAAGAGGCAGAAACCACAAUCUUCACCGUCACCGCCACAUUGAAGGUCACUGCAAUAACAUUCAGAAAGGAAAGGUGCGAGUGGGAUUCUCGGUUGGAAAAUGCGUCGCAGUACAGAAGCUUGCUGACGCCUGGACUGGUUGGCAUUCAAUGAAUCGUAUCUUUAUUGAGGAAGUGCCGAAAGCUCAGCAGUAA